GAGCACCUCCCCCAGUGGCGAGCGAGCCCAUCACGGUGGCAACCCGCUCUAAAGUGGAAUCGACGGCUAACAGAAGACAUGCCGGAUGCUAAGACCGCCGCCUCACUUGCCUUCGCCUACUUCGUCGCUGCUCUGCUGCGGUUCCUACAACCUGGAUGGUUGAAGAAAAAGAGGGAAUUGCACAGCACCGCUUGUCUGGGUGCGUUAAGAGGUUGGGCUGCUCUUCCCGUCUUCUGGUUCCACAUGUUCUACAACAGAAAUUGGGCUCUUCAAUUAGUUUGUAUUCGGAGGCUUUCUCAACGGACGAGCAAUGGUCGAGGUCUCCUUCGUCAUUUCGGGCUAUUUAGGUACUCAGCUAUCGCCUUCUCAAUGUGAUACGGAAUCAGCAAUCCGGGCCUUCUAAGGGCUUGGCGUUCCCGACUUUCAGAAGGUGGUCCCGCGUCUUCGUCCCCCACGGGCAUUGGCUUGUUGAUCGUUGCCCUGCUGGCCCGUUUCCGCUGGUCUCGAUGGGAUUUGACGCUGGAUUCGUUUCCCGCCCAAAUCUGUGACUGGGCCAGGGACUUCCACCCGGCCAGCAACCCCUUUGCUGAUAUCAAGGGCUGGUGCUACACGGAGGUAUUCCGCAUGAAAUAUAUGGACCCCAUGUGA